GCGCAUUGUGCUGGUCUCCAUGGCGGGGCCUCGGAGCCAAGACGAGAGAACAUGCUACCUUGAACACACAAACAAAGCUGUCACUGCUAUAAUUUAGUUCCCCAAAGGAAGACCAUCAAUAAACAUGAAAGGACGUUUCUGAGGCUAAUAGAAUGGAGGAACCUGGACUUGAAAUGUGAGCCACUGCUUGAAGGUAUGGUGAGACCACCUGAUGAAGAAUCGAUUGCCGUUGAAGAGAUAGCCUGUUAUUCACAGUUCCCAAAAGGAGUGGGGCAUGCUAUACCACGAAGUGCCACACAACAUAGCACCAAGCAUCUAACCUGUAUGGACUCUGGGGAUCCUUCCUUUGGACAAAAUGAUUGCCCUAGCAUCUUGCCCAUUACUGCUCCUGAAACAGAUGAUUCACUCACAGCACAGGGUGUGCCAGAGACAAUGACUGAUGCACAGGCCCUUCAUGCAGAACAAUUUCAUCUUUUGGAACAAAAUGGGCAGCCUACUCAGUAUGACCCUCAGCCACUGAGAGAGUCUAAUGCACAAAUGACAGAAAUGGCGCAAGUGAUUAUACCUCAGGAGCCUCUUGUGGAUGUGACUAGUCCUCAAGAUGUCUCUGAAGAGAAAUCUCCUGGCAGAAGCUUACCAGCUGUAAGAGCAGAUGCUCUUGAAGACAGCACCAGUAAUUACAUUCUUCAUCCACAAGCAUCCCGUGUGGUACCCAAAAAGUCAGGGACCAGAAUGCUCGAAGAACCUUUGCUGGCUCCUCUUCAGCCACGUUCUUCUAACACACCUCUAUGGGCCUGUCGUCUUCGGAGUUGUGAGAAAAUCGGAGAUUCCUACCGUGGCUACUGUGUCAGUGAGACUGAAUUAGAAAGCAUCCUGACUUCUCACAAGCAGCAAACACAGAGCGUCUGGGGCACCCGCCAGUCUCCAAGCCCAGCCAAGCCUGCCACGCGCUUGAUGUGGAAGUCCCAGUACGUCCCAUAUGACGGAAUCCCAUUUGUCAAUGCAGGUAGUCGAGCUGUGGUAAUGGAGUGUCAGUAUGGACCAAGGAGAAAAGGGUUCCAGUUAAAAAAAAUCAGUGAACAAGAAAGUAGGUCUUGUCAUCUCUACAAAGCUACUUGUCCAGCCAGAAUUUACAUUAAAAAGGUACAGAAGUUUCCUGAAUAUAGAGUACCUAUAGACCCCCAAAUUGACAGGAAGAUAAUCAGGAUGGAACAGGAGAAAGCCUUUACUAUGCUGAAGAAGAACUUGCUGGAUGCCGGCGGGGUCCUUCGAUGGUAUGUGCAGUUACCUACACAGCAAGCUCAUCAGUAUCAUGAAUUAGAGACUCCUGGUCUCCCUUUGUCACCAUCGCCUUUUCCUAUGACUUCUCUUGAAGAAGAGGAAACUGUAAUCAGAGAUGAGAAUUGUGCGUUGCCCUCCCGUCUCCAUCCACAAGUAGCGCAUAAGAUUCAGGAAUUAGUGUCACAGGGCGUAGGACAAGUGUAUGCAGUAAGGAAGCAGCUAAGAAAAUUUGUGGAAAGAGAACUGUUCAAACCGGAUGAGGUACCUGAAAGACAUAAUUUAUCUUUUUUUCCAACUGUGAAUGAUAUAAAAAAUCAUAUCCAUGAGGUACAGAAAUCCUUGAGGACUGGAGAUGUGCUGUAUAACGCAGAGAUUAUUCCAGCAACGCUUCAAUGGACUACAGACAGCGGGAAUAUUCUUAGAGAGACUGUAACAGUUACAUUUGCAGAAGGAAAUUCACUAGGAGAACCAAUUUCAAGCAAAGUGGGGACAAGUCAGACACAGACUUCUUUGUCUCCAGAGGCACUUCCCUUGCUCUCCCCACUUUCUUCAUUUCAGCCCCAAAUAUUUACACACUUACAGAAGAGUUUGAAGUUACAGCCAAGAUUCUCCUCUCCUGAUGGCUCACAGGCUCUGAUGUCAGUAAAUAGCCAUCCCUCCCCCAGUCCUUCAGGACUCGUGGAUACAGUAGGGAAUGCUGUCGUGAAUGAUCAUCCUCUAUUGCUUGGUCAAAGUGAAAGCCUUCCAACAGAUAUGUGCCUAACCCAAAACAAUAGCUCUGCCUCUACCGUGGGGGAUCUCCCAGAAUCAGUUCAGAAUAUAGUUGCAAUGGAUCAUCUGGUCGAAGGAGAAGAUGCUCAGGUUGCGGGGAAUCUGGAAGGAAGUAUGAACAGGAUUCUGUUGGGAGAUGUGCAGACCGUUCCAAUACGCAUCAUAGACAGCCAUGCAGCUCUUAUUGAAGAAAGUCUAGAAGAUACUCUGUCUGUGAACCAAGUUAAACAAGAACCCAAAGAGCCAACACUGUCUAUAGCAGCAAAAACUUUUCUGGACUGUAAAAAAUUAUCUGCCACAUAAAUUUUUAAAAAGCUCUGGUCCCUUCUGAUGUCUUAGGUGAAGAUUGUCAGAGCAUGUCAGUUGCUGGACCGGAACUGGAUGAUGAGCAGCUUUGCCUUACACUCGAAUGCGUGUUGCCAGUUCCAUAUUUGUACCCCCUUAGGAAAUAUUUUACUUUACUUUGUAUUCAUAGAACUUUUUUAUUAUCCAGUAAGGCAAGUGUUUCAAAAGAUCAUCUGAACUUAUCAUCAGUAAUUUAGUGUGAACACAAAAUAGUUACCUCGUCCCUGAUACCCAGUUUUGGUUCUUACAAGAUAAAAAAAAAAAGCCAACAAUAAAAGCAGUGUGUGAGUGCAUGUGUAGGUGUGUCAGAAAAUUUAAAGUUGUGACCAGAAUUUUGAUGAGCUGAGAGAAUAUGUCUCAUCCUUUGGAAAGAUAGUUUUAUAUGGUAACACAGAACCGCCAGUCACAUCCCUAUAGAUUUACAUAAUGGAACAGAGCACCAAUCACGUCCCUAUAGAUUUACAUAAUGGAGCAGAGCACCAAUCACAUCCCUAUACAUUUACAUAGUGGAACAGAGCACCAAUCACAUCUCUAUAGAUUUACAUACUAGCUCAGAGCCACCAGUCACACCCCUACAGAUUCACAAAGCAGCACAGAGCUGCUUUGUGUCACAUUCCUAGACGCUGAAUUUGCAGUUUGCCUUGUAGGCUUUAUACUGUUUAACUGUAAAGGUCAUCUGUCAGAAAUCUCGGUGACUUGGUAAGUAUUGAAAGGUUUAAGUCGAAUUAAUCAAAUUAAUACAAAUAAAUAUAUACGACUUGUAUUUUAUAUGGGAUUGGAAAUAAAUCCCCAUUUAGGAACAGAAAGGUGAAAAUUCAGAGAAUGGAGGGCAACAUUAGAAUUCCCUGCUGUUUACAGAUCAUUUGGGGAAACUUUUGGUGGUAGCAGAAUUUUUUUUUCAAAGAUUCAGUUUUGACUAUUUAAAAAUAAUUUAAAUAGUAUUUACAUUUUUCUAUACCAGAGUUCUUACUGAAUUGAUAGGAUUAUGAUUUAUA